AUCAGUUCGCGAUCAUGGCGGAUCCGUUGAGUCUGCUGAGGCAGUACAAUGUCAAUAAGAAGGAGAUAAUCGAACGCGAGAAUCAGAUUAUAUUCGGCGAGUUCUCUUGGCCGAAAAACGUCAAGACCAAUUAUCUGACAUACGGAUCCGGAAAGGAAGGCACGCCUAAAGAAUAUUAUACCCUCGAGUGCCUUUUAUUCCUGCUCAAACAUGUUCAGCUCACACAUCCAGUAUAUGUGCGACAAGCGGCCGCGGAAAACAUUCCGGUGGUGCGUCGACCUGACAGAAAAGACUUGCUGGCGUAUCUCAAUGGCGAGACCGCUACGUCAGCCGCCAUAGAUAAAUCGGCACCGUUGGAGAUCCCGACGCAAGUGAAACGAGCCGCCGAGGAUGGCUUGGAGAGCGGUUCGUCGAAGAAACCUCGUUUCGAGGAGACCCAUGUACAGAAAGUGAAGGAACAACUGGCCGCGCGUCUAGAUGCUCCUAAAGAAGCCUCGGUUACCGUCGACAACAUUAAAUCGCUCUCGGAAGCGAUGUCGGUGGAAAAGAUCGCCGCGAUUAAGGCGAAACGCUUGGCGAAGAAACGCACCACUAUCAAGGAAAACGAUGACAUCGGUAUGGGUUCGGAUCUGCGUGUGAUCCUCGACAUGGAUGUGGACGACACCAAAGACAUCGUGUCGCGCGAGCGACAAUGGCGAACCCGCGCCACGAUUCUGCAGAGUAGCGGCAAGAUUUUCGCGAAAAACAUCUUCGCGAUUCUCCAAAGUAUCAAGGCGCGUGAGGAAGGCCGGCAAAAAGGCCCGGCCGUGCCCACACCGAUGGUGACGCCUCGUUCGACGCCCAUGCGACCCCUGCCCCAGCCGGCCGUGUACAAUCGUUACGAUCAGGAACGUUUCAUCCGGCAGAAGGAGGAAACGGAGGGCUUUAAAAUCGACACCAUGGGUACGUAUCAUGGCAUGACGCUGAAAUCCGUGACCGAAGGUACAAAUCCUGCCGUGAGGAAACCACCGACCAAUCCAUCUAGCACGCCGACUUCCGGUUUGUUGCCGACAUCUGCCGCUAAACUGACGCCCCAGCAAGCCGCGCAGAACAAACGACCUAGUCGGACACCCAUCAUCAUCAUCCCUAGCGCUAAUACGUCCCUCAUCACUAUGUACAACGCCAAGGAUAUUCUUCAAGAUUUGAAAUAUAUUAGUAAUGAGGACAAACGGGCGCAGGGUUGUAAACGUGAAAAUGAGGUGCUUCUUCAACGGCGUAAGGAAGGUGGCCUAACUGUACCAUACCGGGUGGUUGACAAUCCGCAAAAGCUCACGAAUGCUGAUUGGGAAAGGGUCGUCGCCGUAUUCGUCAUGGGACCAGCAUGGCAAUUCAAGGGUUGGCCGUUUGAUGGCAAUCCUGUGGAAAUCUUUUCGAAAAUAUGCGCAUUUCACUUGAAAUAUGAUGAGAUGAGACUGGACGCGAAUGUAGCACGUUGGGCAGUCACGGUGAUCGAAUUGAGCCGGACAAAGAGGCACUUGGACAGAGCGGCGUUAAUGAUAUUUUGGGAACAUCUCGAUAAACAUAUGAUCAAGAACAAGCCGCAUCUUCGUUUCUGAAUCCUACCGAUACAUGAUUCAGACUCGUAUGUGUGUUCUCAAUAUUUUUUAGAUAUUUUCAUAAAGAGUUGUGUACAUACGAUUCGAAAGAAAUGUAACAUAUAUAUGUAUAUGUAUAUCUACAUAAAUAUAAAUGCGUAUCAUAAUGCGAAAUCGAAUUGAGUUUAAUCGACGUCGGUAACGUAAUUAUGAAUAACUACGUUAUUUGAUAAUUAUCAUUUAACGAAGGAAAAAUAAUUCGUUUUUGAAGUGUAAUUUUUUAGACUGUAAUCUAGUAGCGAAUCUCGAUCUGUUUAUCGUUUGUAAUCGGCUUAUCUGCCGAGAUUUAUCAUCCUAUUUGUGAUUUAAUACAUAUUCUGCCGCGGCAUAUAGAUUUUUCAUAGCAUAUAUCGAUUAUAAUUAGCGCGAACUGAUGUGCCUGUUAUUGAUAAUUAAUAAAACAUCGAGUUAAGCAUUC